UUUUGAUCUCCUUGAAUGAGGUGGGAGAUGACUCUGCUUUGACACCCCACGCUCCUUUUGCAAACUUGGAUUGGAACCUUGGUGAUGAAGUUGGAACCGGCGGUGUAGACAUGAUGGCCCUCGAAGAAGCUACUAUGAAAGAAAUGAGGAAGAGAAAGAGGUUGCCAUCAAAGUACAUUUGCAGCCCAUUCAUAGCUCCCGCCGCAAAGAGGCCUAAGGUUGGAGGCACCAAUAACCGAGCUCUACCACAACAAAGUGAUGAAGAAUGUCAAUCCUUCAAGGCAUGGGUGGAGGAAGAUGAUGAGGUUGAACCGUGCGUAAUUGAGAUAGCUAUCCCAUCAUCUUACCCGACAAAUAGGGCCUUCUUCCGAGAACUAAUUGAUGAAACCGGAUGGCUAAGCAGCCAGGUGAGUGAAUA